GGUUUGAAUUAACCGUUAACGCAUAUGUAUAACCGCAUUGCCAAUCGCUGUCGUUAAAUCUUGUCAAUAGCGAUGUGUUGUGAUUGAAAGAGAGCAAAAGCACAGCAAAAUGAGUUUUAGUGACAGUUCCUGUUUUCUGAAGAUAACAUUCAUUCUAUUGAUUAAGGCGUUUAUAAGUCAGGUUCUUGCGUUGGCCAUUCCCUACUGGUUUUCCAUGGAUGCCGGAAUUACUAAGUUUCAUGGCUCGCUUUUCCGGAUCUGUUACGGCGUGAAAGGUGGAUAUAAAGAUUGUUUCGACGUGAACGAUGCUCCAAGCUGGUGGGAGGCGACCCAGGCAUUCGAGGUGAUCGGGACCCUGCUGAUCAUCGCCGCUCUCAUCCUCACCAUCGUCGUCGUGUUCUUCAAGUCCGACAUGAAGAUUCUCAAGCUUGUUGCGUGGAUACUAUCCUUCUGCGCAUGUGGAUUCAUAAUAGUCGGCAUCAUCAUAUAUGGAGCGAAAAGGUAUUCAACGUUUAAGUACUCGGGUGCUUUCGCGCUUGCAAUCAUCGCCGGAAUCAAAAUGGGAGUAGCGGGCAUUCUGGGAUUGAUGGACUGGAUGAACAAAGGGAAGCAAUUCGCUUAACUGGCUGAAAGAGAGAAGCAAAUUACCAACGCCGUGUUUUAUUUGUAUGCUGACGUGAACAGGGUGCAAGAUCAACGGGGUUUAUAGGGGUUUACACACGGGCUGGAAGGAAUAUAAACACACCGUUAAGAACUUUAUUUUUGCAAAUAUCUCAAGUUAUUGAAAUACAUUUUCAAAAAUCUUUUUAAUGCAUAAAAGACAGUUUUUCUUGAAGGUUGUGUCGAUAUCUUUAGAUUUAAGAAUAAAUCAUUGAAUACGCCUGAAAUCGGUGCCAAAAUUUCACGUUGCGUGCAGCAUACCCCUGUACAUGAAUGCGUUACACACUAAUAUUUAACCAAGAACACAGGCGUAUGAAAUAAAGUUAUUCUUAUGUAUUUCACAUUGCAAUAAGCAACAUAAAAACUAUAUUUUAUGCACUAGUUGAAAUUUUAAAGAAAAAUAGUUUUAAAAAAUUAUUUGAAGAAAAGCACCACAUACUGGUGUGUUUACAUCCAUUAACGUUCAAUUGUGAACCCCAAAAAGUCACGUGAUCCUGCACCCCGUGACCGAACUUGAACUUGCUUCAUUUCACAUUUUGUUUUCGUAUUUUUAUGACAUGUUUCGACAAGAACCCGAUGCAAGAAAACAUGUAAUCUUUUUAAGGGUAGAUUUUACAUGUUGAACACAAUUAAAUUGAGCGAUAGUGAAAAACGAUAGUGUUUUGACUUGAGAACAAAUUGAGCAUAAGCAAACCAAAGAAAUAAGAUUUGAAAUUAAGGCAAACCGUGGUUCUUCUAUAUUUAAUGUACAUUUAAUUAAUGUUUUAGUGCUAUAUUUCCUUAUAUAACACUUAAAAACGAGUUAUCCGAUUAUGAUAAACAAUUUGUUUAUACUUUUGAGCAUAUGUAAGUUAUAAUAUAAUUUAU